ACAAAAACAAAGACAAGCUCGUGGUAAACGAGUCAAUUUCCAAACUAUCGAUGAAGAUGAACCAGUAAGACAACCUUUUCCGGCAAUGCCACCUCCUAGUGGUAGAGCUGUUUCACAUGUGUGGUCGUAUUUCACAAAAGAACCAAUCGAGAAUCCAGAUAUUUUCUUAUGCACUUGUCAAAUUUGUGAAAGUCAAGGAGUAAAGCCCUUAGUUGCAUACAAUUUCGCCAGAGGUGGUGGUACGGGAUCUUUUAACAAACAUUUGGCAAAGAAGCAUGGAAUCACAAAAGAAACUCAUGCAGCAAGCGGCAGCGGGACCACAAGUGGAACUGGAAGCCGACAGACACAGUGGGACAUUCCCAGCACAGGUAUGCCUUUUAGAUAUAAUCGUAAUGAUAUGAUUGAUGAAUUUUCUAGGUAUGUAAUUUGUGAUGAAUUGCCUUUUAACCACGGUGAAAGUAGGGCAUACGAUCGUUACGCUAGAAAAACAAUGCAACCACAAUAUAGAUAUUACAUUGUUGAGGAGUUUGUACUCAGCGUAGGCACGAUUCCGAUUCAACCUUGGAAAAAUAGAAGCCUUUUUCUCAUGAUGUGUCUCCCCUGGGCUGUUUGGGCCAAGAUCGGCCCAUAG